AUGAAUUACAGUGGAAAUAAUCAGAGGAGUACCUUCACAGGUAACCAGAACUAUUCUGGCUAUAACUCCAAACCUCAGUACCAGACAUCCUACUCCAACAACAGUUUUUCAAGGAACUAUGGUUCUCCUCCUACUCAAACUCUAGAUAAUGAGGUGAAGUCUAUGCUGGAACAGAUCUUGGAAGGUCAGCAGAAGAUGACUGUGGACUUUAAUGGGAAGAUUGAUACUUUGUAUCUGGAUCUGAAUGGAAAAAUUGAAGUUCUGAACACUCAUGUCAAGAAGCUUGAUACUCAGGUUGCUCAGACUGCAGAAUCUAUAAAAAGGCAAGAAGGAUUCUUUCCUGGAAAGACUGAUACCAAUCCUAGGCAUUACUGCAGUGCCAUCUCGUUAAGGAGUGGUAAAAAGUUGACUCCUGUGCUUAAAAAGGGUGUUUCUGAGGAUGAAAUCGUGGCGUUUGACGAAUCUGAAGAAAAUUUCGAAACUGCAGAGCCAGUGUCGAGCGACACCACAACUAGUGUCGCGCGACACCAAUCGCAGAGCGAAGCUGAAGUUGUUCAGAAUCCAAAACCAACAGAAGAAAGGGUUUACAAACCUAAGAUUGCUCCUACUCUCAGACACUAUGUGAAGAGGAUGGUGACUAAUAAUCUGAGUCAUGAGGAAGGAGUGAUGAUGAUUUCUGAACAGGUCAAUGCUGUGAUUCAGAAUAAGAUUCUAGAGAAGCUCUCGGACCCAGGAAGCUUUGUUUUGGACUGCUCUAUCUUCUCAGAGAGGUUCAAGAGAUCGCUAUGUGAUCUUGGUUCGAGUUUCAACCUCAUGCCAUAUUCUGUAGCUGUUAGCCUUGGGAUGAGUGACUUCAAGUCAACUAAGAUCUCUUUGAUCCUAGCAGAUCGAUCUAAAAGAAUCCCAAAAGGUAUCUUGGAGGAUGUUCCGAUUAAAGUUGGUGAUUGCAUAAUUCCUACAGAUUUCGUGGUUCUGAAAUAUGGAGAGGAACCCAAAGAUCCUCUUAUCUUGGGAAGAUCGUUUUUAGCUACAGCUGGAGCGGUAAUUGAUGUACAGCAUGGUAACCUUGAUCUCCACUUGGGAGAUACCAUCAUGACUUUCAAGAUGGAGAAGCUGAAGGAUUCAACCAUAGAUGGUCAGACAUUCCAAGUGAUAGAUCAACCUGAGUUGACUAAGACAUCUACAGAACCAGUAGCUGCUGUUGAUCAGGAAGCUCCAAACAUCUCAUUCCAUUCAUCUCCACUAAAGCAAAGAGCUCUUGGUUUUUCAACUGAUGAUAUUGCAGGGAAUAGGUUGAAGCCACCCAAACACAGAUCUCACCCUGGUGCUAUUCCUGCAUUCCUUGGACGACCUCAUGCGCACAACGCUUACACACCACCAUGGAUGAGACAACUUUUACAGAGGCAUUCUUUGCCACUCUCUGAACCACCAGAUGCAUAG